UUCCAACUCACUUCAUCGCGUUACAUCACUUCACGGUCCUGCCCACUUUUUUUCCCCGUAAGCGUAGAGCAACAUCCGGGACUUGAAGAGAGGAGACUUCAGACACUCCAGCCUUAAAGAACCAGAGUCUGUAUUACAUGUUGCACGGUCUGUAUUCUCACUGAUCCCCUGAGUAUGGAUAAAGACAGGAGUCACAAGGCUGAGAGGAUAAUAAAUAUCACCCUGGAGAUCAUCUACCUGCUGACUGGGGAGGGUUACACAGUAGUGAAGAAGACAUCCGGUGAGUGUGAGGCACCCAGCAGCCGUGCCCGUGUAUCAGGAGGACUGAGUAGGGCCCAGAUCCCUGUCACGGUGCCUCCACCUCACUCACUGAUACAUGAGAGGCAAGAUGCUCAGAAGAUUCUGGAACUCACCAACGAGAUCAUUCAGCUGCUGAUUGGAGAGGAGGAGGAGUAUAUAGAGGAACACAGGGGUCUGUACAAGGACAUGAUGAUGGAGAAUCACCGGCCCCUCACAUCAAUGGAUGGACCCAGUAACAGAGAUACCCCAGAGAGAUGUCCCCGUCCUCUGUAUUCCCAGGAUUGUACAGAGGAGAAUCACAGGACCCCACAGGAGGAUCAGGGUGGACAAGAAGAGAUGUAUGUGACUGAUAUGAAGGCAGAAGAUAUAGAGGGAGAAGAAGAGACGUAUGUGACUUAUAUAAAGGCAGAAGAUACAGAGGGAGAAGAAGAGACGUAUGUGACUGAUAUGAAGGGAGAAGAAGAGAUGUAUGUGAGGGGUGAUCAGCAGUGUAAGGAGGAGGAGAUCCCUACAGAUAUCAGCACAGCAGGUGGAUGUAGCAGCCGGAAUGUCUCAGAGGAUCAUCUUGCUUUAUCUCAGAAUAGUGAAAUAGAUGAUGAUGACAUCUCCCGAGAGUCUCCAGGAGAAAACCCAAUUACCCCAUCUAUACAUCCAAUACCUCACCGUGCAGUUAUAUCAUCUGAUCUUGGAAAAUUUUCUCAUAAUGCUGAUAUUGGGGCAUCUGCUAAAGUUCUUACAGUAGAUAAAACAUUUCCCUGUUCUAUAGAUGCCAGAUAUUCUACACAGAACACAAAGCUUGUUACCCAUCAGCCAGCUCAAGCAAGUGAAAGGCCAUUUCCAUGUUCUGAGUGUGGGAAAUGUUUUACAUACAAAUCACUUCUUCUUAGACAUCAGAGACAUCACACAGGUGAGAAACCAUUUUCCUGUUCUGAGUGUGGGAAAUGUGUUUUAACAAAAUCAGAGCUUGUUACACAUCAGAGAAGUCACACAGGUGAGAGGCCAUUUCCAUGUUCUGAGUGUGGGAAAUGUUUUACCCAGAUAUCAUCUCGUAUUGCACACCAGAGAAGUCACACAGGUGAGAAACCAUUUCCAUGUCCUUUGUGUGGAAAAUGUUUUUCAGUGAAAUCAAGUCUAAUUACACAUCAGAGAACUCACACGGUUGAAAAACCAUUUCCAUGUUCUGAGUGUGGGAAAUGUUUUGCACUGAAAACAUAUCUUGUUAAACAUCAGAGAAAUCACACAGGUGAGAAACCAUUUCCUUGUUCUGAGUGUGGGAAAUGUUUUAUACACAAAUCAGAUCUUGUUGAACAUGAGAGAACUCACACAGGUGAGAGGCCAUUUCCAUGUUCUGAGUGUGGGAAAUGUUUUACAAAGAAAUCAAUUCUUGCUGAUCAUCUGAGAAGUCACACAGGUGAGAGGCCAUUUCCUUGUUCAGAGUGUGGGAAAUGUUUUACACAGAAAUCACAUCUUGUUACACAUGAGAGAAGUCACACAGGUGAGAAGCCAUUUCCAUGUUCUGAGUGUGGGAAAUGUUUUUCAAAGAAAACAAAUCUUGUUAAACAUAUGAGAAUUCACACAGGUGAGAAACCAUUUUCAUGUUCUGAGUGUGGGAAAUGUUUUAGACUGAAAUCACUUCUUGUUUUACACGAGAGAAGUCACACAGGUGAGAGGCCAUUUCCGUGCCCUGAGUGUGGGAAAUGUUUUACACUGAAAUCACAUCUUGUUAAACAUCAGAGAAGUCACAAAGGUGAGAAACCAUUUCCAUGCUCUGAGUGUGGGAAAUGUUUUACACAGAAAUCCGAUCUUGUCAGACAUCAGAGAAGUCACACAGGUGAGAAACCAUUUCCAUGUUCUGACUGUGGGAGAUGUUUUAAACUGAAAUCAACUCUUGUUGCGCAUCAAAGACGUCACACAGGUGAGAGACCAUUUCCAUGUCCUGAGUGUGGGAAAUGUUUUACAAGGAAAUCAGCUCUUGUUACACAUCACAGAAUACACACGGGUGAGAAGCCAUUUCCAUGUCCUGAGUGUGGGAAAUGUUUUAGUGACAGAUCAGCUCUUGUUAUACAUAACAGAGAUCACACAGGUGAGAGGCCAUUUCUAUGUUCUGAGUGUGGAAAGUGUUUUAAACUGAAUUCACGUCUUGUUGCACAUCAGAGAAGUCACAAAGGUGAGAAACCAUUUCCAUGCUCUAAGUGUGGGAAAUGUUUUAAACUAAAAUCGCAUCUUGUUACACAUCAGAGAAGUCACACAGGUGAGAAACCAUUUCCCUGCUCUGAGUGUGGGAAAUGUUUUAAACUAAAAUCGCAUCUUGUUGAACAUCACAGAAUACACACAGAUGAGAAGCCAUUUAUUUGCUCUGAGUGUGGGAAUUGUUUUAAACUGAAAUCACGUCUUGUUGCACAUCAGAGAAGUCACACAUUGGAGAAGCCAUUUCCAUGUUCUGAGUGUGGGAAAUGUUUUAAACUGAAACCACAUCUUGUUAGACAUCAGAAGACACACCGGGGAGAAACCAUUUCCAAGUCCUGAGUAAGUGGAGUUCCUAAGAUGUAUAAACCUCAGUGAACAGCCUGUCACUGGCUCUUUAUUGACCUCUUCACAUUAUGACAUCAUUUUAGUUACUGUACAGUUGGGUACAUACUUGGGUAUUUGCUCAUUUUCUCCUGAAACCUGACAGAGACAGGUUCCUGCAAUAAACCUUCCCUCAAUGCACAUUUAUACAGCAGGUGCCCAGGGGAAUGUGAGGUUAGAAAUUAACAUUUUAGAUCUGAUUGUAUUGCGGCCUCAAUUCUGGCCAACCACCUUGAUUAACAUUCUCAAGGCCGUAUUCUCAGAUACAUCUUGCCUAUACCACACCCCUGCUCUCCACUGACUAGAUCAGCCAUCAUGGCCUGUAACUACACUUGCUGUACAAUGCUUGGGCUACAAGAUCUGACUGACAGUGGCGUGGAUUGGCCAAAUGCUCAACUGCAUCAAAAGCUUCCUAUUAGCUUUUUAAAUUAUUUCAAUGUCUCCAGAACCGGUGCUGUACUGACUGAUGAAAGCCCUUUGGUACCGGUCAUCCGCUUCCCGAUGAGUGUCUUUAACCUUCAAAAAAUCUUUCCUCUCGAUUUUGUCUAUCCUUUCUUUCAUCUUCUCCAGGGUACUUAUCUUACAUCCUUUUUCAGGAAUCGUCGGCAUCCUCUUUUAGUUCAUUACAGACCUCACUGUCCGUACAGUUCCUCUUAACCCUAGCAAACUGCAGGACCUCAUUUUAGCUGAUAGUUACCAUCAGAUCCCGUUUUCAUAUAUAGAAAAGCCCCGACGGUAAAGGGUCAGUUGGUGCGAAGCAGCCUGGAGGUAGAACCCAGAGGAAGUAUACGCUCAUAAGGCUUUCAUAGGUGCGGGGAUUGCCUUAUGGGUAAUACUGUCAAAAGUAUGAAGAGUAAAAUUAGAGUUCACUGUUAAUGGUAAAACCUACCCUACAAAAGAGUUUAUCUAAUGCAACUCAAAGAUGGUAGUCUUUGCUCUUGAGUGUGCAGGUGGUCUGUUAUAUAUAGGAAAUACCAUUAGGUGCCUUAAGGUCCAGUUACCAGAACACGUGUACGACAUACGGAAGGGUUGAAAGACACACGGCUUCUGCACAUUUUAGGAAA